UUUAUCAGAAGGAAGAAGACGGUUCGCAGGGCACCUCUGGGAGCACAGGAAGAGGGAUUCUCUAUGGUGAAGAUGAGUCUGGACCCCGUACAGGUGAUGAGCGGACAGGUCAAAGAGCUCAAAGUUGCCCCUUCGUCCAACGGGGAAAGCAGAGGAUCAUGGGAGGAGAAGGAAGAGUUUGAUCAGGAUCACCUGGGCCUCACCACCAAGCCAAAAUCAGUGACAGGGAGACGAGCCCGGAAGGUGGAGGGAGGCGUGUUCUUCCCAAAGCCUGAGAACGCAGUGACCAUCGCCGUCUCCUCUCGCGUCUUGUUUCGGACCGAGCGUGAGCAGAAGGUGUUUGAGCAGAAAGGAGUGGAGGAGUAUCUGAGAUUCCAGAUCGAACACGAGAACGAACCCUUCGCCCCUGGACCCGCUUUCCCCUUCGUCAAGGCUCUGGAGGCCGUCAACACUCGUCUGCGGGAGCUGUACCCACAAAGUGAAGAACUGUUCGACAUCGUGUUGGUGACGUACAACCAUGCACACGUAGGGAUACGGCUAAUCAACACCAUCAACCAUCACAACUUGUUCAUUGAGAGGUUUUGCAUGACGGGGGGAAGCAGUCCUACUGGCUACCUGAAGGCCUGGCAGACCAACCUCUACCUGUCUGCUGACGCUGAGAAGGUCAGGGAGGCGCUGGCUGAAGGCAUCGCAGCAGCCACAAUGUUCAUGCCAGAGAAGCAGUCGGAGGUAUCGGAGACCCAGCUGAGGGUGGCGUUUGAUGGUGACGCCGUCCUAUUCUCUGAUGAGUCAGAGCGUAUCUUCAAGGCCCACGGCCUGGACAAGUUCUUUGAACACGAGAGGGAAAACGAGGACACGCUAUUGGAUCAUGGUCCCCUGAAGGGCUUCCUGGAGGCACUGGGGAAGCUCCAGAAAAAGUUUUAUGCUAAAGGCCACCGCCUGGACUGUCCCAUCCGGACUUUCUUGGUGACAGCUCGUAGCGCAGCCAGCUCUGGGAUUCGGGCACUGAAGACGCUCAGGGCCUGGGGCUUGGAGAUCGACGAGGCCUUGUUCCUAGCAGGAGCACCGAAGGGCCCCAUGCUGGAGAAGAUCAGGCCACACAUCUACUUCGAUGAUCAGAUGUUUCAUGUGGAGGGAGCAGCAGAGAUGGGCACCAUCGCUGCCCAUGUGCCCUAUGGCAUUGCACAGAAACAUAACCUCAAACAGAAAACCAGUGCGGGGAAGUAGACAGCAGGACUUCAGGUGCCAAUGGUACAGUCAUUCAGCCAGAAACGGAACAAGAGAAGAAGGAUGGGAUGGAGAAAGUUUGGAGAGUUUGCAAAGAUGAACUUGUACUGUAUUGUAUGUGGAAAUGCAUCAUUUCCACACUGUAGCAUUUGUAUUGUAAGUCUGUUUUAUCAAACUGUCUCAGCUUAAUGCUAUCAUCUUAGGAGUUAGACACAGGUCUGGAUAGAGGUCAGGUAGAGGUCUGGAACCUGAGAUGAUGUUUCAAAGCCUCAAUGUACUCAAUACUGAAGUGUUUUGUCGGAUCUCUCUUUAUAUGCAGGGGUGCACAUAACUGUUUUGGUCUGGUUCUCCAGGGAGCACCUGUAGAUGUUGCUUGGUAUGCAGCACAGUUAUCCUACUACCCUCCUGACUGCUCUCCUCACUAUCUCCAUCUGUGGUAGGUGAUGAUGUAGGCCUACUUCUUUAAGUGGAUGUGCAUCAGGAAUGGGAGGCAAGAGUCUGACAGGCACGAUCGGCACUUACUUGAUGUGAAAAUUCACAUGCAUCUACUUAAAAAAGAAGGCUAAAAGCUACACAACAACUGAUUACUAACAUUAAAGGGGCUACCUGUAAGUUUUGCUAUUGCUACAUAGCCAGUGUUAGCAUUAACAGCUGUUUACUUACUAAGAAACUGUGCGAGUUCAGAAUCAAACUUCAUUGCUUUACUCUCUAAGAGCUGUCUCCAGAGGUGGAAAGCAACGCCAAUGUUAACUCACGUCUU